UCUUCAAAACAACGACAGUAUUAGGCUCUUAGCUUAACAUCGUGUCUGUUUGGCAAGAAUCACGAAGACUUUCAGGAACGACUGCUUUACAAAGCUAAACUAGGACUUCUUCAGAUACAGAGGUAUUACUCCACACGUUCCACUGGCAAAACUCCUGCACAUGAAACACUGCCUUAUUCAUCACACUCUCUCGCCCUCCCUCCAUCUUUCACACUCACACACACAAACCCUCUCAUUUAAAAGCUCCUGUAGUCAGGACUAAACUCAGAGCUGAGCUCAGGCUUCAUCAUGUCGACAGUGUGGAUUGGGCUGCUAGGGUGUGUCUGCGUGUGUCUGUGUGUCGCAGCACAACCGUGGGGCAGUCUGCCACCUCUGUCACUUAUUCAUCAUGAUGAUGAUUAUGAUCUGAUUAAUACAGAGGAGCCAAACUUAAGGAAUCAUGAGAUCGAGAUGCAAAAAGUGAAGAUCGACUGUACGGUGACGUCUCGGUUCGCCCACACGGUCAUGACGUCCACGGCUCUGAACAAGGCCAACGUUUCACAGGAAGUCUUCUUCGAGGUGGAGUUACCCAAGACGGCCUUCAUCACCAACUUCAGCAUGGAGAUUGAUGGAAAGACAUAUGUAGGAGAGGUUAAAGAGAAAGAGAAGGCCGAGAAGGAGUAUGUGACGGCCGUGUCCUCUGGGCAUACGGCCGGACUUGUAAAAGCUUCGGGUAGAAAAAUGGAGAAGUUCUCUGUCUCUGUGAACAUCGCAGCCAACAGCAACAUCACAUUCACACUUACGUACGAGGAGCUCCUUCAGCGUCGGCUUGGCAAAUAUGAGCUCAUGAUUCGGGUCAAACCCAAACAGCUGGUCCAGCACUUUGAGAUAGUUGCCACUGUCUAUGAGCCCCAGGGCAUCACAUUUCUGGACGUCAAUGUCACGUUCAUCACCAACGACCUGCUCCCUCUAGUGGAGAAAACUGUCAGUGAUAAAAAGGCCAGUGUGUCCUUCUCUCCAACUCUGGACCAGCAGAGGAAAUGCCCAGACUGUGACGGUACACUGAUAGAUGGCGAUUUCAUCAUCACAUACGAUGUCAAGCGUGAACAGGAACUGGGUGAUAUUCAGAUCGUGAAUGGAUACUUUGUGCACUUUUUUGCCCCGCAUGACUUGCAACAAUUGCCAAAGAACGUAGUGUUUGUGAUUGACAGGAGCGGUUCCAUGUCAGGAAAUAAAAUGAAACAAACUCGAGAGGCGCUCUUGACCAUUCUAGAUGACCUCUAUGAGGAAGACCAUUUUGGCCUGGUCAUAUUUGAUGAUAUGAUUGAAUCAUGGAGACCAUCAUUGAUCAAAGCUACAAAAGAAAAUAUACAAAAAGCAAAGAAAUACGUCAGAAAUAUAACAGCAAGAAGCAUGACCGAUAUCAAUGGAGCUUUGCUACAAGCUAUUAACAUGCUGACCGAAACCAAGAGAAACAACUUCCUGCCAGACAACAUACCCUCCAUGAUCAUCCUCUUGACUGAUGGAGAGCCAACUACUGGUGAGACAACUCCAACUGUAAUCCAACAAAAUAUCUAUAAUGCUACAGGAGGAAAUAUUAGCCUCUUCUGUUUGGGAUUUGGUUAUGAUGUACACUAUGGCUUUCUGGACGCGAUGGCCCACCAGAACAAUGGUUUCGCUCGGCGAAUCUACGAAGCCUCAGAUGCUGUGCUGCAAUUGCAGGGUUUCUAUGAAGAGGUGGCAAUUCCACUGCUCUUAGAAGUGAAUCUUCAUUAUCCAGAGAGCAUGGAGAAUUCCUUGACUACCAACCAUUUCAGGCAAUUCUUUGGUGGCUCCGAGAUUAUAGUCGCUGGAAGACUAAACGACUCUCAAAAGAACACAUUUAACUUUGAGGUGUCAGCCCAAAUGCUGGAUAAGCCUUUUGAGGUCAAGGGCAAGGCCGAUGCUGAGGAAUGGGCUGCGAUGUUCCCAGAACAAGAGUACAUCUUUGGGGACUUCAUUGAGCGUCUCUGGGCGUACUUGACCAUCCAACAGCUCUUGAACAAACAAGACACCUGUAUACUCACAGAAUGUGAGAAUGUCACUGAUGAAGCACUGGACCUCUCGCUAAAGUACAAUUUUGUCACGCAACUCACAUCCAUGGUGGUCACUAAACCGGACACUAACGAUACGUCAAAAGAUACGCUAAUUGCAGACAAACUGACCGAAGACGAACGGAGUGACAUUGCACUAUCGCAGUUACCAGUCUCUGCUGGUAUGGGAUAUAGAUCACAUCUAUCCUUUGGAAGUUCAAUUUUACCCAGUGCUGGGCAUGGAGCUGUCCUAAUGGGUCUAAAGGCUGUUGAUGGAGAUCCACACUUCAUCAUUGAGCUGCCAGAACAGAAUGAUGCUCUGUGCUUCAAUACUGAUGAUAAACCAGGCACCAUCUUCAACCUGGUGAAAGAUCCAGUCUCAGGAUUGAUGGUAAAUGGGAAAACCAUUGGAGACAAGAAGGUGGAGCCUGGGAGCAAACAACACACGUACUUUGGUCAAUUUGGGAUUGUUCAUGAGAAGUUCAAUAUCAAAAUAAUGGUGACGACCGAAAUGAUCACCGUGUUUGACAAUGACAAAGAAGAACAUCUUAGUUGGUCACAAACAUCUCAUGUCAAGGGUAUAAACAUAGACCUUAAGGUAUACAAGGAUCACAAUCUUACAGUGACCCUGACAGACACACUGAAGUUUAUUAUCAUGUUGCAUAAAGUGUGGAAGUUUCAUCCUUACCACCAAGACUACCUGGGAUUCUACAACCUGGACAGCCACCAUCUGUCACAAAGUGUCCAUGGACUACUUGGACAAUUUUUUCACGGUGUAACAUAUGAGGUUAGUGAUAUGUUUCAAGGAAAGGAUCCAGACAAACCAGAUGCCACCAUGUUUGUGAAGGGCCACAAUCUCACAGUGACCAGGGGCUGGCAGAAGGACUUCAGAAUGGAUCCGAAAAAUGGAGAAAAUGUGCCAUGUUGGUUUAUUCAUAACAACGGCACAGGGUUGAUCGAUGGAGUCCUCGGAGACUAUAUCGUCUCUGGCAUCUUUGCAACUGUCUCAGAGGGAAAAGGAGAAAAAAAAGUAAAAUAAUGGACUGUAGACAUAUUUUAUAUCUUGAAACAGAUUUUUUUUUUUACUUUUAUUUUUGUUUGGUAAAGAAAAAUUACCUGACCAUGAACCAGUAUAACAUUUUUUUUCUAACAAACACUGAGAGGACUUUGUUAUUGACUUUGUACACAUUUGUUUCCAAUUAAACUUCGGUUACUUUCCAGAUUAA